UUCUAAUUCCUAGCAAUGACGUCGGAGGAGAUCCCGAUGAUCUGCAAGGAGUGCGAAAACGACGCCUUUUCCGAAGAAGAUGGGUUUUUCUACUGCCAACAAUGCGGCGUCAGAGCAGACGAUAUCAUCGCAAUCGCCGUCGACGACGAUGAUUUAGUCGGAAAAGGCGAAGAUACUCGCGGCGCAACCUAUCAACCAAUCCACACUCGCCGUCGACCUCCAUCACAUGUAACCAAUCCUUCGCAGCUCCGUUUCGAGGAUUAUUACAAGCAGGUAAGAGACAGAUACGUGAAUGGGUUUCUUAUGAUGAUCACGUUUCAAUGCGAUGCCUUGGUUGAGAAAUUCAACGUGACGCCGUUGAUUAUUGGUUUGGUCGGACCAAUCUGCUUAAGGCUCGUGGCUCUCUCUGGCGUCUUCGACGAUGGUUGGGCCGAUAAGGCGGUUCAUGAUUCCGAGCGUCGUUCACAAGGAGAAGUAAGAUGCGUUAAGAGGCGUAACGGAGACAAAGGCGAGCCUCGUAGCUUUGAUGGUAAAAGAUUAGUGACGAUUUGGGUAAAUCAGCUAAGAAAGUCUCUGCCUUUAUCGAGCUCUCUUGCUAUAUCUUUCCUUGCUUGUCACAAAGCAGGAGCACCGAUUCUACCUACGGAUAUAGUGAGAUGGGCACGAGAAGGAAAGGUUCCGUAUCUAUCUUGUUUCCUCAGGAUCCAAGAGAAGAUGGGGAAGCGAUCAGCUGAUUGUCCUGUGGAAGCAAGUGUAAUGUUUAGGCCUUUUGAGGUUGUUUCUGCUCAGAGAUUAGAAGCAAGAGCUGCCUUGAUUGUUGAUGUCAUCGGUUUGCCUUUGCCUCCUGUGAACUUGUAUGGUAUAGCUUCAAACUAUCUGAAGCGGUUAUGUAUCUCCGAGGAGAAGGUUCUUGAUCUUGUGAGUCUCAUACGCAGCUGGUCAAUGCCUUCUGGUUUGUAUCUGUCGAAGAAUGAGCUUAGGCUUCCUACACGUGUGUGUGUCAUGUCUAUUGUGAUUGUAGCUGUGAGGAUGAUUUAUAACAUUAAUGGUUUUGGUGUUUGGGAACGGAGUCUAGGCGUUGAUAUUUGUAAUGAGGCGGAUGUUGUUUCUGAUGAGAAUGAUGAGGAGGUUUCAGAGACUAAAACGGUUGCUGAGGCUUCUGAAGAAUUCGACACCGAGGAGCUUUUGAAGAAUCUUGAAGCAAAUUAUGAUGUCGCUGCUGAAUCCGUUGAAUAUGAGAAGGAUCUUUUGUCCUAUUUAUCGCAUGGGAAAAACGAGGUCUUUGCUGGUUUAGUAGAAGCAGCAGCUGAUGAUACAUACAGAACUGUAGAUAGCUUGUGGAAAGGUUACACGAAGGAUGAGGUAAAAUCCUGCAUUUUGUACGGCACUGAGAAAAUUAGUUCAAAAUUCGAAUAUAAACCAUUUGGUUGAUUCAAGUUGAGACUCUGUCUCUGAGAU